GCCAUGCUGCUGGUGCUGCUGGUGGCCAUCCCGCUGCUCGUGCACGGCUCCAAGGCGGCCGCGCACUACGAGAUGCUGGGCAGCUGCCGCAUGGUCUGCGACCCCUACCCCGAGCUGCCCCCCGCCUCCCCGCCGCCCUUCCUGCCCGGGGCCAAGGGCGAGCCGGGCCGCAAGGGCCGCGCCGGUCUCCGCGGGCCACCGGGACCACCGGGACCGCGGGGACCUCCGGGAGAACCGGGCCGGCCGGGCCCUCCGGGACCUCCGGGACCGGGGCCGGGCGGCUACAUCCCGUCCUUCUACAGCCCCAAAAUCGCUUUUUACGCCGGCCUGAGGAAGCCGCACGAGGGCUACGAAGUGCUGCGCUUCGACGACGUGGUGACCAACGUGGGCAACUACUACGAGCCCUCGAGCGGCAAAUUCACCUGCCCCCUGCCCGGCAUCUACUUCUUCACCUACCACGUCCUGAUGCGCGGCGGGGACGGCACCAGCAUGUGGGCCGACCUGAUGAAGAACGGGCAG